AAGGCUUGAAAUCGUAAAAAAAAAUCUUACAGAUAUUGUGUUUCCCACUGCUUUCAAGCUCUCGUCGCAGACUCUGAUUCUGUGCCUGCAUCUGCUAAGUGGAGAGAGGGAGGGGAGCCUGCCUUUCUGGAUGCCAUUUCAGUGAAAGAAACCGAUCAUGAGGGACUUUGUCGUCACUGUCGUAUUCGUCACUCUCACACACGUUGCUGUUGACGCCGGUUUACUUACAUCGAUAUUAUCGGGGUCAACAAUGCUACGAAGACCGACUCUACCUAAGCUGCCGAAACUUCCGAGGCCAGUGCGCAAUUUGGGUUCACUGGCGAAAGAACAACGCAUCGACCCGCACAUCGACUCCAAAAUUGAUAUCAUGUUGGAUUUGGCUCCGGGCCCCAAUGAUGUUAUUGACAAAAAACCAGAACCAGGAUAUAACGGAACUGGCAUCUCGGGUGCCCCACGUUCAAAAGGCACUCUGACCACGCAAUUGCAUUGCGGUGACUGCAGCUGCAAGCUUCCUAUAGAUAUAGCUUAUUAUGGACCACAACAGGGCUGUACUCUAGAGGUGCAAAAAUUAAGUUGUUCUUGCAAAAGGAGCAGCUGCUAUAUGAACCAAGUUGCGAAGUGCCUGCAAAAGUUCGCCUCCGGAAGAUGUAAAGAGGGGCAAGGGUUACGAGCCACUUGCUACUAAUCUCGCAAUAAAGACCUGGUUAUCAAACUC